UCUAAAAUCUUUCAUUUCUACGGUUAAUAUUUGAACAGCAGAUAAUAAUUUAUUUAACUUUUCUGCCUUUUCAUUUUUAUCUAAGCAGUGAUACCUGUUAUUUUGUAAAAACUAUCGUGAGACAAACUAAAGAAACUAAAAAUCACGGUUUACUCACGUACGUUAUUGGAGAAAAGCUAGUUGUUUUGAGUCGUAAUCGUAAGCUGCGCGACGUCAUCGCAUCUGCCAACGCUGCUCAUGACGAAGAGUACCUUUGUGACUCGAAACUAGUAGCCCUUUUCUCAAUUUUUUUACUUGAGUAAACGGUGAUUUUUAGUUAAUUUAGUGGUACCUGUUAUUUCGAAUUUAUCGUAUAAUAAAUCGAGUCCGUGACUGUCAAUUUCAAGAACAGUACAUAUUAUAUACUGUUACCUGUUAUAACAACUGUUAUCGAUGUAAUACUAAUAGUUAUACCUGUCAUAAUAAAUACGUCCCACGCCUAGUUAGUAAGUUAGUUUUGCUUUGCGUGUGCCGACUUGACAUAGUAAAAAGUGGUUAAAAAUUAUUUGAAAUUUAAGUUUUUCGCUGUGUAAAAUAAGUUAUAUUUCUUUAGUAACAAAUAUAAAGUGCUUUGCAACAAACUAGAAAUUUAUUAGAUAGAAAAUGUCUAAUGAAAUUUUAGUCUGCGCUCGGGCGCUGUCGUGAGUGGACGCUGCGUCGCCUGUUACAGAAAAUCGCCUUGAAAAAGAUUGCUAUAUGAGUACAAAAUAUUUGAUAUUAUACUUCACAAACCAAUCUUGAUAUUUUACACAUUCUGUACGAGCAACUUGACAAGAUGCCAAGGCCUAAGCUUUUUGGAGCAAUAUCUCGUAAAAAACUUCGUGCCAAUAGAUUUGCAUCACAGAAAAGCCAGAUUCAGAGCAAUACAAUCAAAGAGCGUUUGGAAGGAUAUGAUGACCAACCCGGUUGUAGUACUUCUUCUUACGAUAAUAAUUUCGAAACCUCUAAUGAUACAAACAAUGAAGAAAUAAAACCGUUCCAAGUUUCAGGAAGAAGGGUCAUAGAAAUACACUCGGCGUCACAAAAAUCGCACAAAAUUGCAUCCUAUGCAAAAGCAGCUCAAGUUCGCCGUACGGAAGAAUCUGCCCCAGAAAAUAAGCAGCGCCGCUCGAGAAAUAGAAAACAUAAUUCGCAAGCACGCGCCCGAGAAACAAGCUCCGAGCGCUCACAGCGGCUCGCUAGACAAAAUGUCAUGAGAGCAUCGCGAGCCCGUGCUCGAGAAAUUAGCGCUGAACGUGCGCAACGUCUCGCUGAUUUAAAAAGGCAGCAUGACUCCGAAACGAGGUUUAGGGAGACUAGCGCUCAGCGCUCGCAGCGUCUAGCAACAGAAAGACAGCGAGCAACAGUCACUGAGUGUUAUCUUAUGUUAAAAGAAGUUUUCCGCAGACGAAGUCGCAAGCCGAAGCUAUGGACUCGUGCGGCGGCGGCAAGAAGGAAAAAUGGCAAGGUUGUCUGUCCGGAAUGCAACACGGAUGUAGAUGUAGAGGGUAGACAAGGGGAUAAAGCAACCGCGAUGCUGGUAAACGUGUAUCAGUACUUUGCUACUGAGGGCACGAAGUUGUCCCCCUCGCAGCUGCGCGAGCGCACGGCCCUGUGCACCGGCGCCAGCGAGGAAGACGUGGAGCACGCACUGGGACUGUACUGGUCGCAAACCGGAGACUCCGACUCACAAGAGGCACCGUCUCGCAAACGACGGAGAGUUGAAGAGCAACCUGGCGACGAAUCUCACCCUCUGUAUGUGGAAGUCGAAGUAGAGGCGGCUGAAGAUGAAGAAAACGGUGAGGAGGAUCCCCUCACCUCGGAGGAGGAAGACAUCAAACCUGACAUAACGGAGACCUGCAUACAGCCAGUGAGCCAGAGUAGUUAUAUACCGGUAGAAGAUAUCAAAAAGGAAACUACAGAAUUUGAAGAUGGAGUCAGUUAACACGUUGUCUCCCUCAAUAUAGACUCACCCCCUAUCAUAUGACUUAGGGGGAUACUUAACAUACAUACUGAACUUCACGCCUGUCUCCCACGAGGAUAAGUAGAGACAAUGGUCGAAACAUAAUGUAUCUAACUGCUAUUUGAUGUAAAAAUCUGAUGACGUUUUUGACAUUUCGAUAAAAGUAUUGAAUUUGACUAAUUGGAAACUACCGUAUUGACACGGCAAAUACGGCGUCAGCUACGCCCCUGCAUUUACAUUGUACAUGUCUCUGAUUAAUUAUUAUGUUAUCGGCUUACUCACGUAACUGUUUGACGAGGAACUCGACUAGUUUCAAGCCAUUUUAGAGACUCAUUCAUGAGCAGCGUUCCGCGACACACGACGCGGCGAUUGUCGCGUUGCUACAACUAAUCUAGUUCCUCGUCAAACAGUUACGUGAGUAAGCCGAUAACAUAUUAAUUAAUUUAGUAUGUCUCACGAAAGUUGUAAUGAAAUCAUGUCUCUGCUUGUCCCCGGAGGGAUUAUAAAACGCGGCGUUAUGUUACGUAUUGUAUAAUUUUUGUCGUAAUAUUAGUUGUUAUGAUUAAAUUCACUAAUGUAAGUUUUAUAUGAAUAAAUGUAAUGCAAUUUUAAAAUCAA